GACAUCUGUGUUCCCAAGGCCACAGCCAGAGUGCCCUGCCGAGAUGGCGAGUGCCAGUGGGGCGGAGCCUGAUGCUGAGGAUGCAGAGGAGGCUGAAGAGGCCAUCUACGAGGAGGUGCUGCCCUGUGACAGGAUGGAGCUGAGCCAGCGGCUGGCUGUAGAGGAGCUCAUCACUACCGAGGCCAGCUAUGUCCACAACAUCCAGCUCUGUGUGUCGGACAUCCGGGCACACCUCCAGAAGAAGCAGCUGCCUGAUCUGGACCUGGAAGGGCUCUUCUCUAACACCGACGACAUCCUCCAUGUCUCCAGACGGUUUCUGAAGGGUCUUGAGGCCACGGCCACCCAGGGGCAGGAGCAGCUGCUCUGCAUCAGCACCCUGUUCCAUGAGUUCAAGGAAGAGAUGGAGACUGUCUACAAGAUCUACUGUGCCAGCUACGACCAUGCCCUCCAGCUGGUGGAGAGCUACCGCAAGGACCCCAGGCUGCAGGAGGAGAUCUUGGAGACUCUGAAUGCCACAGUGCCUCACACAGGCGCAUCAGACCUCAGCUUCUUCCUGGUGAUGCCGGUGCAGAGAGUCACCAAGUACCCACUGCUGCUGGAGAAGAUCCUGAAGAACACCCCAGCCAGUUCCAGUGCCCACUCAGCCCUGCAGGCAGCUGCUCGUGCCAUGGCCCAGGUCAAUGCCAACAUCAACGAGUACAAACGGCGCAGGGAAGUAGCAACCAAAUACAACAAGGCCGAGCACCUGACGCUGCGGGAUCGCCUGGCGCGCCUCAACACCCACUCCAUCGCCAAGAAAACCACGCGGCUGAGCCGGCUCCUCAUGCACGAGGCCGGCAUCGUGGCCAAGACAGAGGAUAAGGAGUAUGAUGACCUGGAAGAGAAAUUCCAGUGUGUGGUGUCCAGUGUGGCCACCCUGAAGGAGAACGUAGCAUCCUACCUGGGCCAUUUAGAGGCAUUCCUGUUGCCCACCCCACACCAGCGUGACCUGCAGAUGGAUGAAGGACCUGCCCAGCAGUAUCGGCACUUCGCAGAAUGCCUCCAGUACACUGUCUUCCCAGAGUUUAAGCGACGGCUGGACAGGCUGGUCUGCCAGCCCCUCAGCAGCCUCUCAGACAUGCUGGUGGGGCCACAGCAGCUGGUCAAGAAGCGCCUGGACAAGCUGCUGGACUACGAGGAGAUCCAGGAGCGGAAGAGCGAGAUGGGCAGCGUGACAUAUGACGAGGAGGCAGCCAUGAACACCUACCUCGCCAUCAAUGACCUGCUCAUGGCAGAGCUCCCGCAGUUCAACCAGGUGGCUGUGCAGCUCCUGAGGCAGAUCCUGUGCUCCUUCAGUGCCCUGCAGCGGGACUUGGCUGCCCAGGUCCUGCAACGGGCAGACAAGGAGCUGGAGCAGAUGCCCCAUGGCCACAUGCCUCUGCCCAGUUUCUGGAAGGUGGUGGAAGACACCUUGCAGCAGUCAGGUGCUCAGAUCCGGACCUUCUGCCAGACCUUUGAGACCGUCAUGCCGAGCCCUGUGACACAGCCUCUGAACCCUGCUGAGGAGCGAAAGGUCCUCUCCCUUGUGAGCAAGCACGGCCCAGACAAACUUUACCAAGUGACAAGCAACAUCAGUGGCAGCAAAGACUUGGACCUGACCUUGCUGAGGGGACAGAUUGUAGCUCUUCUGCAAAGUGCCGACACGAAGGGGAACACGAGCAGAUGGCUGGUGGAUGCUGGAGGUCCCCGAGGGUUUGUGCCUGCUGCAAAACUCCAGCCGUAUUCCCCGGUACAAAGCCAGCAACGCGGGAUGGAUUUGCUAACCCCGGAGAGUGGCACAGAGAGAAGGAGACAUUCCUAUGCAUUACCUGAAGCUCCCAAGCCCCAGGUGGCCACCUUCACCCCAACAUUCCAGGUGGUCGCCGGCUUCUCCUUCGCAGCCAGGAGUCCGCAGGAGGUGAAUCUCCAGGCAGGGCAGCCCGUGGUGGUGCUGGAGCCACACGACAAGAAGGGGAGCAAGGAAUGGAGCCUGGUGGAGGUGAACGGCCAGAGGGGCUAUGUGCCCUCCAGCUACCUGGUGACCGUCCCCGUGCAGGAGCCCAUGGGCUGGAGCUUGCCCGUGUGAGCAUGGCCAGCCCACACCCAAGGGCACGGGCUUCAUCAGAUGGGAGCAGUCGGCUUGGUACCGGAGGACUCCUCACGGGAGAUGCUGGAGGGAGGCAGCCCCAGUCUGGGAAGGGUGGGCAGAAUAUGG